AGUUCGUGUUGAAUAUUCAUCGAGAGUACAUUUUGAAAAUAGAACGGGUCAGUACUUUUGUUUGCAUGUCUGAAAGACUGCAACCUGACUACAUGUAUUAGAGUUUGUGUGCACAGUUGCAACGCGGAAGCAGAAGUUCUUCCGGGUAUAUUUUCCCUUUGCAUCGCUCGGAAUUGCCAUGAUAGGCUUGCUGAAUGCUUGAAGGUAUGGACCUUCGUGCUCGUUCACAGCGUUGUAUUUGUAAACAGCAUGAAAAAAGUUCAAAAUAUUAGAGGCACCGAAAGUUUCUUGUACACAGAUUAAAGCGUUACAGAUGACAACCAGUGCCAUGGCAUCUCUCUGGACCAACCUGAAUGUGAUGACGUCCGUGUGCUUGCUUUAUGCAUGCUAUGCAAGUGGGCAGUACUGUUUGCUGAGCGGCAGUGAUGACAUCAGAAACUGUCCAAUAUUCAACUGUAACCCCCCUCCAGAGCUUCCAACUUUUCCAGAUUGCUUAAACAUUACUAAAUGCCCGCCUUGCGUCAAUGGUAAACCCAACCGACUGCCUGACGAAAGCUGCAAUUGCACCUGUGAUCCUGGUUUUAGUAAUCCAAGUGGAGAUGGGAAGAUAUGUACAGACAUCAAUGAAUGCUCAGCAUCACUACCUCAACAUGAUUGUGUCAAUGCGCAAUGCAUUAACACCGUUGGUAGCUUCACUUGUAUGUGUAACACUGGCUUUAGUAAUCCAAGUGGAGAUGGAAAGACAUGCAUAGCAAAUGACCAAACCAACAAUACUGCAGUAAUCGCCGUGGUGAGUGUAGUAGGUACGGCAUUCACCAUCGUAUUGAUCGCAUGUGGUGUGAGGAUGUGGAGGAAAAAAAGAACGCCAAAGAAUAAUCGGCCAAAACGGACAAUUGUGGAGAUGGAUGAAGUUGACUACGAAGUGACAAUGCCAGAAGAUGUUAUAGCGUUGACUGUCUACGAAGAUAUUGGCUUGCCAUCUUGGGCGCUGAGAUGGGAGAUUAAGUGGAAGAACUUGGUGGUUGAGGACACAGUCCUCGGUCAAGGGAACUUUGGUGAAGUGAGAUCAGGAACUGUGAACAUUGACGGGAAGAUUACCAAGACAGCAAUCAAAGUUCUGAAAGGACAUACAUCGAAAACUGAUCGUGAAGACUUCAUGGAGGAAUUUCGUACAAUGACCAACAUUGGCUAUCAUCCCAACGUGGUGUCGUUACUUGGUGCUUGCCCGCAUGAAGACGACCUUUACGUUGCCUUGGAGUAUCUGCCCAAGGGUGAUCUGCGCAGCUAUCUACGACGAGAUCGCUUACAGUCAGACUCGGACGAGGGAGCCCUUUCCUCUACCCAACUCAUCAAGUUUGCUCUCGAUAUUGCUAAAGGGAUGAAGCACCUAGCCAUGUCAGGGGUCAUUCAUCGCGAUCUGGCUGCAAGAAACAUUUUGCUUGACGAGAGACUAGUUGCGAAGGUGUCUGGUUUUGGACUCUCAAGGGGACAGGACAUAUACGUGCAGACUUCUAUGCGUCGUGUUCCUACUCGUUGGCUGGCUAUUGAAUCGCUGAUAGAUCAUACCUACACAACCCAGAGUGAUGUAUGGUCCUUCGGCAUUCUAUUGUGGGAAAUAGCUUCAAUCGGGGGCACACCAUACCCAUCCAUUGCCAGCAAAUCACUGACAGAUGAACUUAAGGACGGAUAUCGUAUGAGCAAGCCACCUAACUGUGAUGACAAAAUCUACUCUUUGAUGCUUCGUUGCUGGGAGGAGCACCCUAGUCACAGACCCACCUUCAGCGAUCUGGUCCGCAUCCUCAGUGAAAUGGAUGACAAUAAGACUGAGCACACAUAUUUGAUCAUAGAUCGCUCUGGCUGCGAGAAUUUCAGCGUGAUCCGACCUGAGCUUGAUGACAACUGAACCCUAUCUGUGUCCUUGUCACAAGCAGACAAAAUGACAUGGGUGGAGCUCUAGACGACUGAUUAGAAAUGAUACGAUCAUUUACCGACCUUGGAGCCGUUUGUUCUCUUUGAAAGUGGUAGUGAUGACGAAUGAGACGUUCUCAGAUAUAGAUCAACUCGAUGCCUGUUCAUGACAAUUAUUGGCUGAAAACCUCCAAACACAGGUACGAUGACCUUGCCAGUGUCUUGAGUUAAGGUCUGGGAAAAUGUGUAGAUAUAAUGGACUAUACCGUGCACGUAAAUUUAUAUUUCUUUUCAAGAUUUUUUUUGCGGUAGCGAUCAUUGCGACGUGGGGUAAUUUCUUUUGUACAAAAAAGCUAAUGCAUGAAUUAUUUGUUUUGGGUUGGAUACAUUUUCAAUAUGAAACAUACAUUUGAUAAUCACAAAUGUUUAAUUGCCUUUUGCUAAUAAAGCAAAUCGACUGUUUUUUUUAGCAUGUUUGAAAAUCUUGAUCAGAACAUUAAUUAUAUAGCAAUUCACACUUACGCACUAACAACCUGCUUGCAAAAUAAAGAAUAGUUUAUGUAAAUAGUCAAUACCAAGUAAAAAAGAAUGCACCUGCAGCUUUCUUGUAGUGAAUUUGAAGAAUCCUUAUUAUUUUUAAAUUCCUCUGUAAAAUGCUGUAUUGAAUUUUGCUUUUAGUUUGACUAAUUUUAGCAAAUGUAUUUUUUUUACACAGAAGCAGUAUACCAAUGAAUUCACAGCAAAGCGCUAUUGAAACAAAUUUUUAGCUACAACAUUUAAGUUAAUAUAUAUCUCAAAGACCUUUAACGGCAAUAAGUAUAAAUAUUUCUUGAAUAUAGCAUGAAGUACCUACAUAUGUACUUGUGCAGGGCCCUGUGGGGGAUAGAUUACAGGUAAUAAUAAAUACAGCAAAAACCCUUAUAGGAAAGAUUUGUGUUGGUGGCAUUGUAUCUUAUCGAGUUACUAGAGCAUUUAUGUAUGCAACGAAGAAUGCUAAUUAAUUGAGUGUAUGGUAUGAGGCAGUUGCGUGAACUUGCAUCCUGACUUGAAGGAAAAUAUGUUUUUCAAGUACUUCGGAUUACAUCACUAAAGGCCCUGUCACACCUUGACGAUUUAGGCAGUGCAUGCCGACGUAAGGAAAAUUUGGUGAAUACGCUGGCGUUCGUCGAAUAAGUUAUGUGUAGGUUUUGUGUAAGUUAAGAGCACGCUGAGCACGCUGGUAUACAUCAUAGUACGGCAAGGUCGUCCAAACAGCUUGUGCAUGCAUAAAAUUGUCGACGUAUGGCAGCUUAUGGCUCAUACGUAGGCUAUAAGUUGUAGGUAAGAUGUGGGAUCGUUGACACAUCCACACACAUGAUUACUCAGAAGUCAAAAUACGUCGAGAUUAUGUCCAGCGUACCCAAAACUUAUUUCUAACCUAUGAGUAACGUACUUUGAACCUAUAGUUGUGUAACUUAUAUCGAACUUAUCUCCAACGCAUAUUGACGUAGUAUGUAGACGUAUUUGACGUGUUCCGGACGACCACAGAACUUUCUUACAGCUACCGUAGGUCUAUAUAAGUUAUCUACAGGUUAUCGGAACGUUAUAUGUAAGUUACUAAUGUGUUAUGUAUAUGUCCAACUCGUUAUGAAUACGCUAUGUACAGUAUAUAUGCCCCAAAAUUGGUAGUUCAGCGUAUACCAGCGUGUUCACCAAUUUUUGUCGGUAUAAGCUGGUUAAAUCGUCAAGGUGUGACAGGGCCUUGACAGUCAUUCACUCAGGAUGCAUGCAUUGUAUUAUUUGCGUCACAGUGAAGAAUCUCUUUUCUUCUGAAUUUGUUUGGCAUUGAAAACGAAUGUCUAAAAUAUACUCAGAGAAAUAUACAAGCAAAAUGAUGAACGUUAAAUCCCUUAAUUCUGAAAAUGCGUUAACAAUUAUUCAAUUAUCUCUAUUAAAGUGCUCAAUCAAAGUUUUGGUAUAAGAAAAACCCGUUUUCAAGAGAUAACUAAAUUCACAACUAUUUUAAGUAAAUAUGUGCAUUCGAUAUUUUAAAUAGGCAUACAAUCUAAGAUAUGAUGUAUCAUUUCUUUUAUACUUUACAUCUAUCGAAACAUGGAAAAGUUCGGGUUUUCUUUCAAAAUCGAAAACAUUCUGCAAAGAGAAAUGGUUGCUUCCUCUCAAUGAUAAUCGUACAGAUAAAACAAAAUUUGGAGGACUAGGCUACAUGGGUAAUUGAAGUCCUCUUGGAACCUCCAACGGUAAAGGAGCAAUAGAAUAAACCAUAAUGCGACCGUAGCCUUUCGCACAAUGAAAACAAAAAUUAGCUUAGAAGUAAUAAGCUCUGGCAAAGCUGAUAAAAUAUGGAAGAGCCAUUAAAAAGCUUCCAUUGCUGACGAUACCAAUCAUUUGAUGAUAAUGACUUGCUUGCCAAGGCAAAAUAAAGUUCAAUUAAUCGCCAUGGUAACAACUGACUUAUUUAUUCAGGUCACACAUCGAUGGGUGGCACUAAAGUGAAAUUACAUCAAUAUAUUAUUGAGGGGGAAACAGCGAUAUUUCGUAGAAGCUACUCGUUAUCAAAAUGGCUGGGCGACCAACCGGAUUUUUCUGGCUACUCAUCAUGGUUCAAAUCUUACUUGGUCGCGCAGGACGCUGUCCAGCGUCUUGGAAGGCAGUCGGUCAGUCGUGUUACCGUCUGCUGGUUCAUGAGGCACACACUUGGUCUGAUGCCGCUGACAAAUGUCGCGAACUAGGAGGCAGCCUGGCAGUUUCGAGCUCGCAGACUGAGCAGAAUGGUAUCUGGGGGAUGGUGCAGACGGUAAUCCCCUCACCAUCAGAUUUCUGGAUCGGUUGCCAGAGGGAAGAGGCUGCUGAUGGGAGAUGGUUUUGCACGGAGCAUAAUGGGCAGAUCAGUCAGUACACCAGAUGGGCUAAUGGCGAGCCGAACGGAAACACCCAUCAGAGUGGGUACUGCGCAAGGAUGAUACCACCUGAAGGUGAUUUGGCCGACAAACCGUGCGACUUUUCUUACCAUGCCAUCUGCGAAACGUCUCAGAUGCCUUAUCCACAGGUGCUCUGUCUGGAGGCAGAUUCCAACGGUCGCUUCAAGACACCUCCCUGCGUGACUGAUCCCUUCAUUCAGGAAUUUCCCGCCAAGAGUGCCAUCAUCUGUGGAUCAGCGUGCUGGAAUGAGCCUCGAUGUCACUCCUUUAAUAUCCAACAAAUCCUCGGCGGAGACAAGUUGUGCCAGUUGAGUGAGAAUACAUGCGAAGACGACGAGGCGAUUGAUGAUGAUGAAGAAAACUACUACUACUAGGGACUCCCUGAGUAAGACAGCCUGUCUUGCAGUUUUCUCAAAUCUAAUCAUUUGGUUCAUGAGGUUGCCCAAGGGUUGUAGCUGAAGUAGCUCAAGAUGCUUUGUCGAACGUAUUACAGUAACGGUGAACAGUGACACCAGAGGCUUUUAACCGAAUUCAAUUCUGAAAAUUUCCGGCAUGUUGGCCUGAUUUUACUGACUGAUUUUUAAAUUGAACACACCGUCACAAAGAAAUUCGUGUCAGCAAGGAAGAUAAAAACUCAAUUUGGGCAUUGGAUUGCGAUGACUGAUUUAACAUUCAAAUUGAUGUGAUGUAUCAAAUUGAGCUGUCGUAGGAACAUCGAUUGUUAAUCAUGCAGGCGUUGGAACUGUAGGUUCGUAUAUGUGGCAGUAGUGAGUAUAUGAAUGUAUAAUUGACGUAAUCUGGGACAGAAAGACGCUCGUGCCCUUUGUCUAACAGAUGGCUAUAAGCUGACUAUUACCUUUGGACCCUGUCAGCACAUACUUAUGAAAUUAUUUUAGCAAUGCUGACCUACAUUUUCCAUGGGACAUAUUUAAUCUGGAGGUAAACUGUAAAUUUUUUCCUGGAAAUUUUCACAGUACUUUACUGGCAGCAUGGGCCCUAGUAAUAUACUGUUAAUGAUUUACAGUAAUUUUUUUACGGUAAAUCGGAGUCAUUUAUUGGACAGUAUUUAAACGUACAAACAACAGUAACUUAUCUCAAUUAACUACGUUAAUUUGAUGAAGACAUUAGACACAGUAAAUUAACGUUUUCAUUGAUUACAUGUUCAUUCUACAUGUUUAUUUAGGUAUAUGUUCUGUUGGUAAAGGAUUCAACAGCUUAUGACAGAUAUCAGCAGGCACUUUCAGCCAAUUAGUUUUGUCAUGGAAACGGCAAAUCAAAAGCACGGAAGCAUCAUAAGUUAUUCACAGGUUAACUAUAAGAAGGAGUGUUAACAAAAAGACACUCUGCGAUAACGUGUGGUCCUCCAAAGAUCUGGACGCGACUUAACAACAGUUCACCGGCGUGACGUUGGGGCGACCUGAUUUUGACGGAUACGCAACGCUUGGCGCAAGUGUUUACAUGCAUAGCGGCCUUUGUGCUGAGUGUGCGUGGACUUACAUCAUGAACUGUGGGCGUCUUGAAACUUCAGUUCCCGCCAAAAUGGCCGUUUAACCAUCUUUUUAAGACAGUCAUAAUAACAAGGGUUGGUGGUUGAAUUUGUGAGUGGUGUGACAUGUUGCAGAGGGAAUUCAGCCAUUUUGAGAGUUCUGCUUUUUUCUAAAUUAACACAAGCCAUUUUAUGGCAUCGUGAAUUGAAUACGUGCAAAGGGACGAUCACCUUGGACAUCAAACAAACCUUAUGAGUCCUUAAAUAGUUGAAUUCAUUGGACUUCAUUAUUUUAUGUCCGUGGGCCCUUGUCCGGUUUUUAACAUAUAAAUUGAAAACCAUUUUUUUUUCAUACACUAAAAAUCAAAACCAACUUGCUAAGCAGACGUUAUCUUUGCUUUCUUGCUAUUAGUUUUAUUGCAAUGAGGAACGAAAUUUGCAUAACAGUUACAUGUAUAUUAUUUUGUCAUUGUCUUUUAAUUAUCGCCUUAUAAAGUUAUUGAAAGACUCCCUUAACUUUUCAUCUGAUCAAUCAGAUUAAAAUUUUUGUUAUAUCUGUCUCUAUUCAAAUGCUGCUUAUUGAAAAAAGUUCUAUGUCUCAAUAUUAUUACAUCAAACAUGAAUGGCUUGUCUACUGUAGAUAAUUUGUAUCAUUAAUUAUUCGCAAAGCUACGUGGCACAUGAUAGCGAUAUGACUUAAUAGAAUUUUUAUAUUCUGAAUAUUUACUAUCAAUUAAUCUAAAAGUAUAAUGCACUUAAUGAUCACAAGUUACGUAGGAACUUUACUUUGAAAAUGUUUAAGCGCGUUCGUACUUCGGAGAGCAUAUCAACUGAAUAUUUAGAUCCAUUAUUGUUGUACGUAAAGAAAAACAGACACUGUCGACGUACUUUUUAAAUCUUCAGACAUAAAAAUGGCUGCCAAGGACAUAGGCAACUUUAAACAAAUAUUGUGUGUUCUAACCAGAUCCCUGCUAACAAUAAACCAACGAAAAUUCCGAAAAAUCAUAAAAUGGAAAAGACAGACUACACUCAUAGCCGAAUAACAAUUAUAACUACUACGUCUCGUCUGGUCAUAGCUUGAUUAAUUAGAGCAAUAAUACGCCUAUAUGUAAAUGCUAAUGCACUGGCUAAUAUACAAGCUGAAAAGGAGAGGAUAGAAAGAAUUGUCCCUGUCUUCAGGAAUCCAAUCUGAGAGUCAAGCUUUUUUUUGAAAGCUAAGUUGAAAAGUCGUAUUUGUGCAUUGCGCAUACAUUACAGAGAGAAAAGAAUGAAAUAAGAUAUAUAUACUAACUUGUUUAAAUGAUUUUCUUUACCGUGGAGAAGGGGUAAAUUCUAGCAUUGCAUUAAUUUUAGUAAUUAUUUUAUUUGAUUGAUUGAUCGAUCGAUGGAUUAUUUUAUUGAUUGAUUUAAUAACUAAUACUUUGAUUCUGUUUAUUUUUAUUCUGAAUUGAUUCCUUUUGAUUGUGUUUGGUCAACUGAUCGGUGGUAACUCCAUGUUUUCUUUCAACAAAUAUUUUUAAUAUAAAAAAUUGUAAUCAUCAAGUUUAAUUUAGUCCUCCUGUUUGCAUCACUCCAUAUUUAUUCUUAUUUCAAUAUAUAUAUUUUAAUCUUUUCAAUCAAUACUUUGUUACCUUGUUACAAUGUCUGUAAUAUCUUAUAUUCGAAACUCCUUUAAAUGAAUUUGACUUCAGUUGGCGCAGUUUGAUAAGGGGCAAAACAACUAUCCAAUGUUUUAAUCAAUAACAAACAUUUCUGUGGCAAAGUC